ACUUAGUCGCGUGUACAUAUACACAUGCCAAGAAGGGAUUCGAUACGUUUGCAUAAAUCGACAUCAUUUUAACACACUAUUAAACUACUUAUACUGCAGAGAUCUCGGAAAGAAAUCUCGCGAGAUAAUACAGGAGCUAGGAUGCUGUUCUCUAUCGCUCAGCAUCACGCCAUGCUAUUAUUUUGUUUGUAUAUGACACUUAUGGUCAAUACGCGUGCUUAACUUUAAGAUUCUAUUGAAUUUGUGAAAAACAACCAAUCAGAGGCCCGUGUUCCUUUCAGACGACUUCUUUCCAUCCUCGUAUUGUACAUGAAACACCAAUGAUCCACGCGGGACAUUUUGUUCGAGUCGUAUGAUAUUUCGGUUAUAAAAACAAACCAGAUUGUGAAAUACUUCCUGAUAUCAUCUAUCGGUACACAAUUAUGGCGUCUGUUUGUACCCCGUCGGUAUAUGUACAUCACAAAUUCCUGAAAUUUAUUCGACUCUACGUUGCAUUAUAAACAAUAAUGCCAGAAUAUGCAGUUACUUGCUGCGAUUGCAAUAAAAGAAAGUGAAAAAUGUUCUGUUUUAAAAUACAAUUGCAAGUUUGUGCAAUUCACCGGCAAAGAUGGCGGACCUCAGCAUUUGGGGGUGCAACUUGUCCAAGGGGGUGACAUAAUCGCCGUUUCCGCUGUGGACUCGCGAAUUCCUAACACAAUGAAAAAAUUUUUGGAAGGUGGCGACGACAUGUUGAAAAAAGCCAAAAGGGAAGACGAAGUGAACCUGUUGACCAUGGUAGAAAGAAUAGUGGCAGAAGGACGCAGCGUGAUACCAGAAACAGAUGUGACUUUCUUGGCACCAGUUACAAAGAUGGACAAGUUGGCGUGCGUUGGUCUAAAUUAUAGUGGCCAUUGCGAAGAACAGGGAGUAUCGCCCCCGGAAUCCCCUGUAAUUUUCAGCAAAUUCCCUAGCAAUAUUAUUGGACCGCGCGAUAAUAUCAUGCUUCCGUCGAUUUCGGAGAAAGUUGACUGGGAGGCCGAGCUGGUGAUAGUAAUCGGCAAAAAGUGCAAGGCAUUGAACAAAGACGAGGGAGAAGAAUGUAUUUUUGGUUAUACGAUAGCGCAGGAUAUCACAGCGCGAGAUUGGCAAAAAUCAAAGAGAAAUGGCGGUCAGUUUUUACUUGGUAAAGCUAUGGACACAUUCUGCCCCAUGGGACCAGCUAUUGUUACCAAAGAAGCCAUUUGCGACAUUAACAAUCUUUCAGUCAAGACGUGGGUGAAUGGUGAUAUUAAGCAAGAUGGAAACACAAGCGAGUUGAUUUUUAAACCUCACGAAAUCGUCGCAUAUAUUUCACAAUUUAUGACGUUAUUACCAGGAGACGUGAUUUUAACAGGCACGCCAGCCGGCGUGGGAUUUGCCCGCAAACCACCUGAAUAUUUACAGCGCGGGGACGUUCUAGAAACAGAAAUAGAGGGCCUAGGUCGUCUGAGAAACAAGGUUCUCUGAUCUGGUGGCGAGUGAAACAUUCGUGGGAAACGUACGGGAGAACGAUUCAUCUGAAGAAUGACCCAGCGUACAUUACAGGAAUAAGGAACCGAUGUCACAGGACCAUGGACAAAUCGCGAUUUCAUUCUGAACUGAUUUUACGCGUGGUAAUAUAAGGAAGGGACGAUAUAAUAUGAAACUGAUGUCAGUUUACAGAAAUAGUAAUAAUAAUUGAAAGAGAGAAAAGUUGGAGAUAUAUCUCAAUUUUCUUUAAAAAAAGCCCAAGUCUAGCCGUACGCAUUCAAAUAUUUCAAUAACAGUAUACUUUUCAUUGUGCAUCAUAUUUACAUACUUUACAGAUUUGUACAAGUAGAGUGAGAUUGUCUGUAAAAAUAUAAACCGUAUGAGUGAUUUUUUA